AUGAAUGAUCUUCCGGAAUCAGCCGAUGGCGGCGGAGCAGCGGUGGGGGAGAGGCCUUUAUCAUCUCCUUUGAUGUCUCCGGCGAACCAGAGUCCAUCGGAAAUUGGGCCGGAGCUAUGGGAGACAGCAGAGAAAACUGCCCAUAUGAUUAUCUGCAAGGUACAGCCGACUGCAAUUUCUGAAGAAAGAAGAAGAGAUGUAAUUGAAUACGUUCAAAGAUUAAUCAAGAACCGUCUUGGCGCUGAGGUAUUCCCUUAUGGUUCCGUACCAUUAAAGACAUAUCUCCCCGAUGGAGAUAUUGAUUUGACUGCCUUUGGCGCUAAUGUUGAAGAUAGGUUGGCCGAGGAUAUGAAAUUUGUACUUGAAGAAGAAGAAAAUAAUAGGUCAUCAGAGCUUGUAAUAAAGGAUGUGCAGCUCAUUUCUGCUGAGGUUAAGCUUGUAAAAUGCCUCGUGCAGAAUAUUGUUGUGGAUAUUUCCUUUAAUCAAAUUGGUGGGCUGUGUACCUUAUGCUUUCUUGAGCAGGUGGAUCGCCUCAUUGGCAAAAAUCAUUUGUUUAAGCGCAGUAUCAUACUGAUCAAGGCAUGGUGCUAUUACGAGAGUCGGAUUCUUGGUGCUCAUCAUGGCUUGAUUUCUACUUAUGCUUUGGAGACAUUGGUCUUGUACAUCUUCCAUCUUUUCCACACAACGUUAGAUGGUCCUUUAGCAGUCCUAUACAAAUUUUUGGACUACUUCAGCAAAUUUGACUGGGAGAUGUAUUGCAUUAGUUUGAAAGGACCAGUUCGAAUUUCCUCAUUGCCGGUCAUUGUGGCUGAGACACCUGAAGAUGGUAGUGGUGAUUUACUACUUACAGAUGAUUAUUUAAGAUCUUGCAUUGAAAUGUUCUCCGUUCCUUUGAGAUAUGCUGACCAAAAAUCCCGUGGAUUUCAACCAAAACAUCUCAACAUUGUUGAUCCACUAAAAGAGAUCAAUAAUCUUGGCAGGAGUAUCAGCAAAGGAAAUUUUUACCGGAUACGCAGUGCUUUCUCUUAUGGCGCUAAAAAACUUGGGCAAAUACUCGUGCAGCCAGAAGAUCGUAUCACUAAUGAGCUUCAAAUAUUUUUUUUGAGCACUAUGCAGAGACAUGGACGUGGACAGAAGCCUGUUGUUCAAGAUCCCUACCCGCAAUCAACAUACAAUGGUUUCAUUCCCGCGUCAUCUAGUUUAGGGACAGAGUCAUAUAAAGUUGAAAACUCUGCCAAUGCUGCAGACCAUCGUUUCUUUGGAGAUGCAGAUGACCUUGCUACCCCAAGCAUUGCAUGCCUUAAUAUUUCUAGUGAUUCUCCCAAGUCUUACACCCAAGUUCUCAAAGAGAGUGUCAAUGCAAUUGGUAUGCCUCAAGAUUCAGAUCAUGCGAGUUUGCAUCAGGGCACAAGGAGCAGGAGUGCAAUUCCGGAAUCUUCAAACUCCUUGUCAGAUCUCAGUGGGGAUUAUGACAGUCACUUCAAAAGUUUGCAGUAUGGUCGGUUGUUUUAUGAAUACACCUUCGGUGUGCCUUAUUUGCCCAUGGCUCCAAUGCCACCCCCUCAAUAUGAGAACAAGAAGCCAUGGGAUAGUGUCAUAUAUCCAUCACAGCUGAGGCAUAAUGGUUUUUCCCAUGGACAUCCCAAUGGCUUCAUGCCAAUGUAUCCCAUGAGCCAUGUACUAGUACCCGGUGCAUCCUUCGGCAGGGAAGAAAUGCCUAAACACCGAGGAACGGGAACAUAUUUUCCCAAAAUGAAUCGAUCCCCACAAGGGUAUAGGCCUUCAGCUGUUAAAGGAAAGAAUCAGGCAACUUUGCGUUCCCCAUGUGAUAAUGGGCGGAAUGUGAUAUUUACUGAGACAAAUUUGCUCGAGAGAAACAACCAUGAGCAGUCUCAACCUCUAGUCCUAGCUGACCAAAGUGUCAAUCUCUUGUCAUCUGGGAUCCACCAGCCAUUUUCCCCUCGUGGAAGUGGGCCAACACCUUCUGGAACUUUUUCCUCAGAACGAUACAGGCAACAAAGAUCAGCCCCGUCUUCGCCUCAAAUUUCAUGUCCAGAUUCCUCUGGAAUGCAAACGCCCAGACCUGCAUUGAGCAGGGACCCGGAUAGGGGUUCAUUUAAAUCAUCAUACCAUCUCAAAGAUCAAGAAGAUUUCCCGCCGCUGUCUGUCUGA